AUGGCGGUCCCCGGUAAUAACAGCGGUGCUGCUGCUGGAGGCUCGCAGAAGCGCAAGGAGAUCUACAAGUACGAGGCGCCAUGGGAAGUCUACUCCAUGAACUGGUCCGUCAGACGGGACAAAAAGUUCCGCCUUGCUCUUGGCUCCUUCAUUGAGGAGUACACCAACAAGGUGCAAAUUGUUACUCUAAAUGAAGAGACUUCAGAGUUUUCGGCGGAAACCACCUUUGAUCAUCCGUAUCCAACGACCAAGAUCAUGUGGAUUCCUGAUUCACGUUGCGCCCUUCCUGACCUUCUUGCAACGAGCGGCGAUUAUCUGCGCCUUUGGCGAGUUUCUGAUAAUGGCGUCAGCAUGGAAUCACUUCUAAAUAACAACAAAAACAGCGACUUUUGUGCCCCUCUGACAUCCUUUGACUGGAAUGAAGUUGACUCAAACAUUCUGGGCACCUCGAGCAUCGACACCACCUGCACCAUCUGGGGCAUUGAAACUGGCCAGGUCAUCGGCCGAACUGGCCUGUCUGGCCACGUUAAGACGCAGCUGAUUGCCCACGACAAGGAAGUGUACGACAUUGCCUUCAGUGAAGCAGGCGGCGGAAAAGACAUCUUUGCCUCGGUCGGCGCUGAUGGCUCGGUCCGCAUGUUCGACUUGCGUCACUUGGAGCACUCUACCAUCAUCUACGAGGACCCUAAGCGCCUACCUCUACUGCGACUUGCCUGGAGCAAGCAGAAUUCACACUACUUGGCUACCUUUGCAAAUGAUUCCAAUGAGGUCGUCGUUCUCGACAUUCGAAUGCCUUGCGCUCCAAGCGCUCAGCUGAAGAACCAUAAGUCCUGCGUCAACGGCAUCUCCUGGGCACCUCACUCGCAAAGUCACAUUUGCACAGGCGGUAAUAUUUGA